AUGCGGUUGAGCUCGAUAUUAUGGACACUUUUGGCAACUUCUGCUAUAGCUUCGCCUGCAAAGCCUACAAAGCCUGAAAUUGCUAUCUCCAAAGGCACCGAAGUUAUUACACCCGGAUCUAAGGAAGCCGAAGCACUUACAGCAGCGGACAAAGCUUCAAAGUUUGCACCUAAGGAUAAUACUUUUGUCGAAAACUUUGACAAGGGAAAUACAUUUAAGAAAUCUGAACCUAAGCUUUCAGAUCAAAAGAUUGACGUUCCCGACAAUGAAUCUUUAAGUCCUAACAAAAAUAAGAAAAAAGUAGCAGCUACAAAAGAAAACAAAAACCCCGUCGUGGUCAACGACUACGAUCCUAACAACAUGGGUGUUUCAUCUGAGGGAAAGACCAAGGCACAAGAGCAUGUCGAUAAGGAUUCUGAAGCUGAAACAAGUGAACACCAAAGUGAGGCUAGCGUUGGAGACACAGAAUCAUCCAAAAAGCCUGUCGAAGGGACCCCUGAUCAGCAGUCAUCUGAUUCCAAUGUGCCCAUAAUUUCGAGUGACGGAUCAAUCAAUGUUGAUUCCAGCUCGUCAUCUUCUUUACUAUCUUCCUCAACAGAGCCUAGCACUGAGUUAAAAACACAAGAACGAAACUCUGAGGCUUCUGAUCGCUUUCAUGCUUUAGUCGUGUCUAUUUCUAUGACUAUUAUGUCCGAAAUUGGCGAUAAGACUUUUCUUAUUGCUGCCAUCAUGGCAAUGAAACACAAUCGUGCGACUGUAUUUACAGCUGCGUUUUUUGCUCUAGCUUUGAUGACAGCGAUUUCUGGCGUCAUUGGUCAUGCUCUUCCUAGAUUUUUUUCACCACGUUUUUCGGCUCUCAUUGCUGGUGCUUUAUUUCUUUUUUUUGGUAUUAAUCUAUUACGUGAGGGUAUGACUAUGGAGAAAGACGCCGGCGUCGAAGAAGAAAUGGAAGAAGUGGAAAAUGAAAUUAAUGCUACCAGUCACAAUGAAGAUUUAGAACUUGGCUUGAGGGAUGCAGCAGGAACGGCUUCAGCAGCUGGUAGCGCUGGCGCUUCCGAAAAGUCUGCUGCGCCCGUGGCCAACCCUCCCUUGCAACGCACCCCUAGUAAUCCGCGCAUUUCCGGAGAUGGACUUGACACGAUUGCUGGCGAUGCAUCACUUUAUGUUCCCCGGCCUCGACGCAACAACUCGGGAAUUUGGUCUGGAAUUUUGUCUAGUUUAAAACGAAUUUCUGAAGGCUUGAGCAAUUUGUUUGGUUUAAUCUUGUCACCAAUUUGGGUUCAAAUUUUUGCCAUGACCUUUUUUGCAGAAUGGGGCGACCGGUCGCAAGUCACUACUAUUGCUAUGGCUGCCGGGUCAGACUACUGGUGGGUUAUUAUAGGAUCUGUUUUUGGUCAUGCCGUUUGCACUGCUAGUGCUGUCAUUGGUGGCAAGCUUUUAGCUACAAGAAUCACACUACGCAACGUGACAUUAACUGGUAGUCUGCUCUUUACUUUGUUUUCUCUCAUUUACUUUUGGGAGUUUCUGUCUUCUUAG